UUCCGGCUUCCCGUUCUCCCACCAUAUCCGGAAGACCUUCCUCGAUAGGAAUAAUAUACUAAGCUCAACGUCGCGAAAUAGUCUUCGUUCGGCCAAGUGCGGUGUAUGGUUUCGAUGUCGUGGAUUGUUCCAAAAAAAAAAUAAAAAAAUGUUCGCCGACAUCGUAUCCUUUCAAAUUAAUUAAUGAUAAAUAUUUGAGCUUCUGACCGAAAAUAUAAAGAUGUCACACUUCGUUAUCGUAUCGUCGAUCAUCUUUGUCAUCAUCAUCAUCAUUGCUGCGACCACGUGUACCAUUCCCACGAGGCACUGUAUAUUAAAUUUUCACUUUGAUAAUCCGAUCGAGAGUGAAAGAUUUCUUGACAGAAAGAUCGAUAGAGCGCACCUGCCGAGAUUUACAGUCGUUUCAUAAUUAUUCCUGAUCCUUAGGCCACAAUGCAGUAACGACUUGGAAGCUCACAGGGUGGAAAUUGAAUGAGAAGCAGCAACGAAGAGAAAGAAUUGAUCAAAAGUAAUCCUGUUAUAUUUUUGUUAAUCGAAAAAAAAGUAUCCUGGGUUAUUGAUAACUGUAAUAUACAGGAGACUAUCGUGAAGAUAACGAGUUCUCAUUAAAAGAUCAUCGUCAGACUGAUAAAAGUUUUUUUUUUUCUUCUUUGACAAAAGCUCUUGAGAAAUCCAAGAGUGUCCAAGAGUGUCAGUGAGAAAUAUAUUUACUUUUGAAACUAAUGAGUUUCUAAUCAUCCGCGACGAUGAUUUCGUGACGAAGGUUUUAUCGGCCUCGAGGAAGAGCCGCUUAAUAAAGGAUUAUUAUUAUCAGAAGGAUUUUUCAUUGUAAACAAGAUUAUAUUCACCUCUUAGAGGAACAUGUCCAAGAAGCAAUGGAUGGUCCUGUUGAUGCUGUUCUUGACCUACCUUCUUGUGGGCGCAUCGAUCUUCUAUCAUAUCGAGAGUCGUAUCGAGGUCGAAAAUAUCAAAAAGGCCAGAGAAGAACGCAUCGAAAUUUACGCUAUGCUAAAUCAACAUUAUAUGCCAAAUAAUCCUGCUAAAGAUCAUCGUGUAAUUUUGGAUAAAUUGAGCAGCUAUUGUGGCAAAUCUUUUCACAAUUAUUCGGAUGGCGAAACAGAUCAAUCAAAAUGGGAUUUUUACAACAGUUUUUAUUUUGCCUACACAGUUGUCAGUACGAUUGGAUAUGGAAAUUUGGCACCAACCAAUAUGCUGGGUCGUGUUUUAAUGAUUUUUUAUGCUCUCAUUGGAAUACCAAUGAAUGGAAUUUUGCUAACGCAGUUGGGUGAAUUUUUCGGGCAAGUCUUUGUCAAGGCACAUAAGAAAUAUAAAUCUUAUCAACACGAUCAAGCUGUUUGCGAGAAGAAAGUAAAAAAACCCUUGGAAACUAGACGAGCAGGUCUCGCUAUGCAAAUUUUUAUGUAUCUGUUACCUGGUUUCGUUAUGUUUAUAUUUUUCCCAGCUUUUCUAUUUUCUCACUACGAGGGUUGGACAUAUGAUGAGGCUGUUUACUAUGCAUUUGUCACUUUAACAACUAUAGGUUUUGGCGAUUAUGUCGCAGGUCAAGACAAUACAAAAGGAAGUGGUGUAUUUUUCAUUUUAUAUAAGAUCUUUUUAAUUUUUUGGAUCUCAUUCGGAUUGGGUUACAUUGCUAUGAUCAUGACCUUCAUUGCUCGGGGAAUGCGGAGCAAAAAGAUUGCAAGAAUUGAGCACAAACUGGCCAUGAAUUUCAAGCUCACACAAAGUAAAAUCUGGAACGAAUUCAAUAAAGAAGUCAAUUAUCUCCGAAGGGUUUUUAAUGAAUUGCAAUUAUCCAAAGUGAAGAGAGUCUAUGUAGAUGAGUAUGAUUAUGAUCUACCAACUCCGAAAUUUCCGAGAAGUAUUAGCUUUCCUGAUUUGAGGGAGCUUAUCUAUGGAGGACUUGAGAUUCCCGAACCUCCUCAUCCAAGAAGAAGAGCCAAUAGUGAAGUUGCACCAAUGGCUCGAGUGGCAAGAGUAGUGUCGGAAACAGAUCUUCAACGUAUCGAUAAGAAGGCAACUUUUGCGGCCCACGCAAUGGUCCAACCGGCGGAACUUUUGGCACGACUUGUCAAUAUUUUAGGCUACAUACCACCGUCGGACGAUGAGGAAGAAUCAAAGACCAAAGAAGGCGUUCAGGGUUUCAGUGAAAAGGAAAUUCUCGCCAGUGAAGCACCAUGGUCAAAUAAUGACUGGCGAAUUGGUAGUGAUAAAAUUCCAUUUUCAAAGCCAAGAUCACGAGCAUGUAGUGAAGUGAGAUUAGAGAAACCAGACACGAGUUAUCUACAAGAAAACGAGGAAUGGACAUGGUCGGGUCCAGCGGCUUCGAGAAAAAUUCAAGAAAUUAUGAAAACACGUCGAUCCGGAGUUCCAACUGUCAAGGAUAUUAAAUCCAAAUUACCGUCUCUAGCAUUGCCAAAGUCUGUUCCAAAAAGUUUCCUUCCACGUUGGAUGAGAAGUUUAUCAAUAAAAAAAUCCAGCGAUGCUUGCUCAAGAAGUACAGUGUCCGUUGGCGAGAUUGAUGAUCAUGAUCGUGAAUAUUUGCAAUCGCAGAUGAAUCGUGACACGUCAACAUCAAAUCGUGCUUAUUUUACUCACACUGGUGCUGGUAAUACAGGCUUAGAGGGUCUUUUAGAGGAGACAUCGUUAGCUGAUUUUCUUCGAGUAUUAUCACGAGUAGGUGCUAAUGAUUUUCCACGAACAGAAACAGGAGCACCGCCUAAACUUCCAAGUCUCUUUACUCUUUUCUCACAACCAACGGAUCUUGCCUCGGCGAGUCAAAGUCAACAGAAUACAAUCACAGCCGCUCAGAAUGUAGCUUCAAGACGAUUUUCAUUGAGAACUGUUGACAAUUCGAGUACGUCAACACCACUUUAUUCAAGAAGAAGUUUAGCUCAAGUACCAGUAACAAAAAAUCGAAGAUUCUCCCUAAGACCAGUUGUCACGCCACCUCUUUAUUCUUCCACUUAUUUGAAUGAUCAUUUGGAACCGCCACCAUACACAAACGAGUCAUUCAAUGUUGAAUGUCCAAAGGAACCCCUCAUGCAAUUGGAAGGCGCUCCUGGCAUUUCAGCACCGAUGAAAUCGUUUCGACGCUUCUCGAUAAGACCAGCUCAUCCUGACAAUCCGACAAUUCCAUCAGUACCAACUGCCAUGACUGGCCAAUCGCAACAAACGCGAGCAAUUCCCCGUUGGCGAGCUGGAAUGCUUCAACGUCAAAUUAGCAAAAAAAAUCUCCAGCGUCGAGUUCGUGCCUUUAGUCUCACUGAUGUUCAUUCGGACACUGAUCAAAAUACCGAAAAUAUCGAGAAAGCAAAACCCUUGCGACCAAAUCCAUCGAAAUUCACUGGUCGACAAUCGUUUCAAAAAUCAGUCACAAUUGUCUCACCAUUAAUUUCAAGAACAGCGGAACAUUCUUAUAAACGCGGUUACUCUGAAAGUGAAGUUGACUCGAACAUGUCAAGAAGUCAAGACGCCGAAUCUACUUCACUAUUUCCACGUGAAGAUUUUAGUAAAUAUCGAAAAUCCGAUGAAUUCUCAAAAUCGUUUACCAUCGGAUCUGAUGAUUUCUCAUCCAGUGGUGGUGAAAGUACCUCCUUUGACACGAAUAGAGAAGGUGUCGUAAAUCCCCGUUUCGCUGGAUUGAAAUCAUAUCCCAGUUAUCAAGGUGCAACGAAACUUGCGACAGUUUAUUCCGAUGAUCGAUUAUCUUGCCACGAUCCGGACAAAAGUGAUAGCUCAUUUACUUCCGAGUGUGUGAUUGCAUUCAAGAGAAAAUCAACAAGUGACAUUCAUCACGAUUUGGAAGGGGCAAAACUACCAAGCACUGAAGCAACGAGAUCUUCUUUGCAAAUUGCGGCUGAUAGAAAAUCAAGUGAUUCCAAUAAAAGUUUUGAAUCUUUUUCAGAUUCUACAAUAAGUGGAGAAACAAAAUCUACUGAUAGGAAAAUUUCGAUUGUAUCAAUCGAAACCUCCCCUGAAUCAAGUAGAAAAUCGUCAACAAUGUCACAGGUUCACACUCCCGAGAGUUCAUCAUCAUCAUUUAUAAAUAGUUCAUUGUCAGAAAUUAGAGUAGAUGAUCCUGAUCAAUUUAGAACAACUAUGGAGGUUUCAUUGAAUGAAGAAGGUUCCCUCAUGGAAGUUACAGUUGAGAAACCAAGUUCCGAACCACAAGCGAGUACCAGUUCGGAUAAAACAAAUGCAGAACCUAAAGCCAGAAAAUCUUGUCCAAACUAAAUGUGAGAAUUUUUUUUUUUUCUUUAAGUUUAAACUUUUUAAGUGAUUAUGAGUUGAAUAAAAAUUUUAAUUUAGUUUUUAAA